GAGAAAAAUUUGCAUAUUGGUACCCGCGCGGAGUUAUGACGUAGUAUGUACUAGUGGCAGUACUGCGCGAUGGAGGAAGUCAGAGUAGUCUGCAUUUUUUCCAGGGUAUGCAGGGACCAGCGGCCGCCAUGUUGAACAUUAUGAAAAUCUCUUUUUGAGUGGAACUAAAUCAUCUUUUGGGGGUAAUAUUUCCACAGUUAAAUGUCAAAUUUAUUCACUGCGACUUUUGGAAUAACGUAACAGUGUUUUAAGCAUAGGACACCAGUAUUGCGAGACAGUGCAGUUGAAAUUUAAAGAGACGUUAGUGGGUUACCACAGUUCUUCAGCUUCUGCAGAGACCACCCCAGUCAUUUUAAUAAUGCUGGGCUAGUCAGUUGCCUAGGAGACUUGGCAGUCUGACCAGGCAAAGCAACAGCUGGACCGUCAAGAUGACGCGCAAGGGCAGACACCCGCGCAAAGUGCUGGAGGAGGAGUCCUCUGAAUCUGAGGAGAACUCUUACGAGUCCCCCAGCGAAGCCAGCGACCAGUCGGGAUCGGAGCCAGAAAGAGUGUUCUGCAAGUGUGGGGGUCCCAACACAAAGAACAUGAUUGGGUGCGACGGGCUUGGAUGCCCUUACGAAUGGUUGCACUUCGGGUGUGCGGGCAUCGAUCCCAAGAAGAUACCAAAGGGAAAAUGGCUGUGUUGGGAUUGCCAAAAUAAACAAGAUGCUGAAGAAGAACCUGAGGCUCCAUCCGGCCAGUUUGUAUGGCCAACAACCAACUCGGACAAGGAAAACGACUCUGGAAAGGCAGCUGAUCCCAUCAUAGAAAGGUCUUUGAACCAAGCUGAGGUGCAGCUUGCCAGCAAUCUGAAGCAAGCCUGCGACGCUGUCAUUUGCAAAGGAACGAGUGUGAGCGUUGCCGCUCAGAUGUUUGGCAUUGGUCGCUACGUUCUCAGCGAUUGUGUCAAUGACCAACUGAAGCGCAAUCUGACCAAGGCCUGUCACAGUGUCAUGGACAAGAAGUACUCUGUGGAGAAGGCAGCUGCUGCCUUUAACGUCAUCCCCGGCAUUCUGAAGGAAAGAGUCAAGGCCGUGAAGAACAGCCAGUGCAUGCCCGAUGGUCGGCGGAUAGACAGCCACUCAUCAUCCAGCACCUCUUUUGAGGAGAACCUACAGCAGGCCUGCAUUGCUGUCGUGCUGGACCAGUUUACAAUCAACAAGGCCAGCAAGACCUACAACGUACCCCCCGCGAUGCUCAAGAACAAGCUCCAGUCAGUACAGGCCCUGACCACAGAGGAAGAGAAUGAUCUCGUCAAAAUGUGCAUCCGAAUGACAGUGCUGGGCCAGUCAGCUGACAUAAAAAGCACAGUGAUGUCAAAGAUCAAGCAGCUGUUGGAUGAAGAGGAGACACGAGGAAUCAGGAGAUUGCAUUCAUUCACAAACAACAGGCCAGACGACUUCUGGUGGGACACAUUCCGCAAACGGCACCCAGAGUUUAAGGCAAUCGGAUCUUGUGAUGCCUCCCAAAGCAAAGAACUUGUUUCAUCCCAAAGUAACCCAGCUGCUUCACCUGACUAUAAUCCAGUCCCUUCAAAAGUUAUCGUGAAUCAGUUUGUGAUGCAAACAAAGAAGCAAGGCUCUGAGAUAUUAGGUAUCAAGCCGUUAACUCCUUCACCCCAAAGGAAAAAGGUGUCAUCCAAUGUCAUUCUAAAACCACUCUCCACUAAAUCAACCAUUCAGAAUUCUGACCAGACCACUAUUGUGCAAUUACUUCCCCCUAACCAGAGUGCCUCAACCCCUUCUGGAAUUAUUCUGAAGACGCUACCCACUCAAUCAGUUGCCCAGAUUUCUGGUCAAAACAAUACUACUCCUUUAGUCUCAGCCCAGAGCACCUUGGUUCCUUCCAACGUUGUCCCCAAACCAUCAUCUACCCACGACAUCCAACGUGAACUGAUGCUAAAACCCUCAACUACAAACCAAAUUUAUUACAUUCUGUCAGGCCAAAUGGUUGCCCCCAAGCAAGUCGUUGUGGUUAAGCAGGGCACCCUUCCUGCCAGUCAAGUUACUCCAUGUUCUGAGGCUAUUCCAGUAGCCAACAUUCCUGAGCCAGCUGUCUCCAAUCAGCCUGGAUGUGUUGCUGAUGUAAACCAGUCUCCUGGAACCCAACAAAAGAGGCUGGAUAGCAGUAACCACGUUGAUAGCUUGACAAACCCAAAUCUGGUCAAUGAAGACAUCAAUUGGGAGACAAGAGGGGGUGAUAAAGUGGAAAUUGGGGAUGCUGGUGUAGUUGUUGCUGCCGAAAAAGUCACAAAGGAUGAGCCUGAAAUUUCUAACUUUCUGAAAACCACAGAGGAAGCUACUGAAGUUUCAGAAUUUCUAAUAAGUGAGAUGGAGCAGACAAAUGCAGCUCUUGACAGAAAGGAAGUCAUCCUACCCAGUCUGGAGGUUGGAAGUAAUGAAGUUGUAGAGACUGACAAGACUGUUUCAUCUGAAGCUGCUCAAAAUUUCUCAGAAGGUGGAGCCCAAGAGCUCCCCCAGAUAAGUGCCAUGGGCACUGACGAUGAUGGUGAUGAUGAAACCCUGCCCACCCUGCAAGUUGGCACUGAACUCUCACUGCCACGUGUAAUCAAUGGUUCUGGUGGUGCAGGCCAGAUUGGCCAAGUUGUCUCAAAUGAAGUAGUAGAGACAAGUCCAGCGUCUUGUAACACUGUCACCCUUUCUGACUGUAUAGUUACCCAAAGUGGGUCAUUGCAUCCUCUGACCGGCAGUGCUCAUGAAGAUUCAAGUGGAGUCACUGGUGAUGUCAUUCAGCCAGGUCAACCGACAGGACCAAAUGGGACACCUGUUGCAGCUAAGAUUGCUCGACCGUCUACAUGUAUCGUGGCUGCUAAUGUUGCUACCACCCAGCCCAACCCAGCACUUCCUGCCCCCCAGUUUGUAGAACCUAACAUGUGCGCUGUAGCCAACCCAGUGUUGCAACCUUCCCUCGUGUCUUCCACUCCUAUCUUGGUGAAAGUUGCCAAUCAGACUCUGCAACCUGGUCGGGUCAUACUGUCCAAGAAUAUCAUCCGGCAAAACUCGGUUGUCGGCAGCAACCAGAUCCUCCCGCAGAACUGCGUUGUCACUGCAAGUAAAGUAGUCCAGUCAGACCCUGUCAAAAAUGUGCUGACCACAGAUGCCAUUACUAUGCCAAUAAUCGGUACUAACAGUGGUAUUUCCUUUAAAAAGCUGUCAAUGCACCACAGUGCUACAGAAGACAACAAACAUGCCCCAUCAGUUAUCCCACUGUCCACUGGUCCUAAAACAGAGAAGCCUUUGCCGCAGUUUCAGGUGAAUUCCAACGGCAACAAUAGUGACAGUCAUGCAUCUGCAAAUGUGUUUGUAGCCAAAGGCAAGGUCGACAAGUCCUUGCCUGAUGCCAUAACAUGUCUUGAAAAAAUGCUCACGGACGAGCAGAAACAAUCCUUCACAUUCCGGCUUCAGAUUGGCGAUGAUCGUCGAGAUGAUGCUCUCUACAAUGCCUGGAAAGCGCUCAAGAGGUUGUAUCAGCACAAGAACAUCUACGCCAUGUACAACAAGAAAGCUCCCCAUAGGGAUAAGGUGCCUUCUUCCUUCGAUCUUCCAAUGGCUACAAAUCUUCUACACGCCCCCCUCAUGGAUCCAGUCAACCGCGAUGACAGCCUGCUUGCAAAGGAGACUAAGGGAGGCCAAAAAGACUGCCAGCCUGGCUCUGAUGUUGUGGCAGAGCUGCGCCGUGGCCGCAAGCGGAGACGAAUCUCAGCGGUGCUGGCAAGGAGGGAUGCAGAGAGAUGUCAGGACAGCAGAAGGUUCCUGGAACCUUGGAAGUACCAAAUAAAGAUUCCCAGCAAGCGCAAGUGCUUCCUUGCUAGACGUUCUGUGGCCAGCUUGUCUGAAGAGGGACAGUUACAUGCAACGACUGAAAAUCAAGAUCUUCAGAUGGAAGAAGAAAGUCUUGAAGAUGUUCAUCUUCUAUGACAUGCUCAGCUGAGGGACUUCUCAUUUGAACUGAACAGUUUUGCUGUGAUUUUUCUGAAAAUUCUCAACAGUGCAAAACAGCAACCUCACGGGGUGCAUCAACUUAAUGCAGGGAUAAACUUGGUGAUGGAUACAUGUUGUUCACAAGAUGUUAGUCUUCAUUUUGUUUUGGAGGACACAGGCUUCCUGGCUUCCUACUGCCACUUUUGUGUGCCACAUCUUGAAGUUGUUCAAAUGGUCUUAACUCUUUCGAGUAACAUGGAAUGAUAGAAGUGUGGGAGCCUAUUACUUACAAAAGCCUCUGCUGUCAUAAAUGGAAACAAUCAAACAUAUAUCUGAUUCUCACAUAACCCAGAAAUUCAUAUCAUUGAGACUUAUACCCAUUUGUUCAUGUGUGGAGCAAUAUUUAUAUCAAGAAAUGUAAAAGAAUUUUCAUCACCAUAUAAUAAAAAGGCCACUGAAGGUGGCAGUGAUAACUGCUUUUGAAGUAAACGGAAA